AGAACUUCAAAGCGAGGGGGGUUGAUGCCUGCUGACUCAGCCCCUCACCUGGGUUCAAAUUCCAGACCCAUGUGGAUGUCAUCAGCUCCCUACACCUCUGUUUUCUCACCUGUGACAUGGGGAAACCUCAUGGGGCUGGUCAAUGGUUCAGUUUAAUGAAGGAUGAAACAGUCUUUGCAUAUUGACCUGAAGGGCCACACGUGGGCAGGGGGCUGUUAUUACGAUAACUGUCCAAUAAAACCUUCAUGUGGCCCGCCUUCAGGAUUCAUCUCUGCUUCAAGCCAGCACUUCUCCUUGGUUCUCAUGGGGACCACUGAAGCCACACUCCGGAUGGAAAACGUGGAUGUGAAGGAAGAAUGGCAGGACGAAGCUCUUCCCAGGCCACUCCAGGAAGAGACGGGGAUGGACCCACUUGGCAGCCCCACGGAAGACACGUCCUCCCCUCCCAACACGUUGAACUUCAACGGAGCUCAUCGGAAGCGGAAGACACUGGUCGCCCCGGAGAUCAACAUCUCCCUGGACCAGAGCGAGGGUUCCCUGCUGUCUGAUGACUUCCUGGACACUCCCGACGACCUGGACAUCAACGUGGACGACAUCGAGACCCCCGACGAGACCGACUCGCUGGAGUUCCUGGGGAACGGCAAUGAGCUGGAGUGGGAAGAUGACACGCCUGUGGCCGCCGCCAAGAACAUGCCCGGGGACAGUGCAGACCUGUUUGGGGACGGUGCAGCAGAGGAUGGCGGUGCCACCAACGGACGCCUGUGGAGGACAGUGAUCAUUGGAGAACAAGAACACCGAAUUGACCUGCACAUGAUCCGGCCCUACAUGAGGGUAGUGACCCACGGAGGGUACUACGGCGAAGGUCUCAACGCCAUCAUCGUGUUUGCUGCCUGCUUCCUCCCAGACAGCAGCUCCCCCGACUACCACUACAUCAUGGAGAACCUCUUCCUGUACGUCAUCAGCAGCCUGGAACUGCUGGUGGCCGAGGAUUACAUGAUCGUCUACCUGAACGGAGCCACGCCCCGGCGGAGGAUGCCCGGCAUCGGCUGGCUGAAGAAGUGUUACCAGAUGAUCGACAGGAGAUUGCGGAAAAACCUGAAGUCCCUCAUCAUCGUGCACCCCUCCUGGUUCAUCCGCACGGUGCUGGCCAUCUCCCGUCCCUUCAUCAGCGUCAAAUUCAUCAACAAGAUCCAGUAUGUGCACAGCUUGGAAGAUCUGGAGCAGCUCAUCCCCAUGGAACAUGUGCAAAUCCCAGAGUGCGUGCUUCACGCCAGGCCGCAGCCAGAGUUCCUCCUGCCCAGGUCCGAGGAGAAGCCAGAGGCAGCGCCGGCGGAGGGCAGAUGUCCCACGUGGAGCCCGCCACAUGAGAACCGCCCCACGAUCCACUGUCUGGGGAGUCAGAGAGGCAUCGGCUACUGGGACUCCAGGGUCUCCUCUGUGGCAGGCAGCCUGUUCUUGCACAACUCCAGGGGGCGCCACUGCCAUGAGGCCCCAGAGCUAAGCCACAUGGCGGCCCUGACUGAGACGCCAGCCCGGAGCCAGGCCCCGUAA